AUGAAAUUCAGUAUAUCUAAAACUCAAAUUAUUCUCGUGGUUUUCAUGUUGAUAAUCGAAACCAUAGUUGAUGCUUCACCAAUUACAAAGAGACAGUCCGGUGGCUCACAUUCAGGUGACGGCACUUACUUCAAUCCCGGUCUCGGUGCCUGCGGUGAACAAGAUAACGAUAGCUCGAUGAUUGUUGCGCUUGCUGCACCAGAUUUCGAUCCAUCCACUCCGAACGGAAAUCCAAAUAAAAAUACAUUAUGUGGUAGAGGAAUUCGAAUUUACUAUAAUGGAAAAUCUGUUGAUGGUAAAGUCACAGAUCGGUGUCCCGAAUGCAAGUCAGGAGAUGUUGACAUGUCGCCCGCGAUGUUUGAUACAAUAGCCGAUCCUUCGCAGGGCCGUAUUCCUAUUACAUGGGAUUUUAUAUGA